AUGAUGCAAUCCAUCUCCGAAAAGGCCCAGCGCGUCCUUGGCCUCGAAACAAAGACGACCUCCACGCCUGCUCCGCCGUUCCCAGCGGUUGAGCCAGGCGACCAAAUAAAAUGCAUCGUCAUCAUCGCGAACACCACAGAGCGGGCUCCAUCCACACUACCAACAACAGAGACCUACCCUACCAGCUACAACGGAACACUCUGCCGACUGCGGAGUAUCUCUCUCCCUUCAAAGCUGGCCGAAAAUACCCAGUGGAAGACCUCUGAGAUCUCCGUCCGUCUUGGAUUCCCACUCAAGUUCGCACGCGCAGCUUCCACUCCGGACUCUCGCCGCAAUGAUUACAACUCGCAGUCGCAUCUCUUCAUGAUCGACGUCGACGAGAAGAGUGGGAACUUUGGCAAAUUCUCGGUGGACUCGGUCGUAGGAGACGUGGUCGUCGCUCGCGCGGAUAUGAAGCCGUUGCUCAAGCAUGAGCUUGCUAUCAUGACCGAGUAUAUCUCGCAAUACAUUGCAGAGGGAGUUCGCGGUUUACCAGAUCUGGACCAGAGCGCUGGCGAGUCCAUUCGAAAGGUAAUUCACAGUCGGCCGCUACUCGUGAGACACUUGAGCAGGUUCUGACCAACUUCUCCUGCAGAUGUGGAUGCUCGAUCAUCUCGACCCGGUCCUCUUCUACCACCAUACCGACCGGGAGCUAAGCGAGCGCAUCAAGAACGGAAUUCUGAACGAGCACGAGACGAAGAACCCCGUCGCCCUCCCUGACAAGUCUGAGUACCGAUGA